UUUCGUUUGUUUUCGGUUUUCGGUCAUCGAGUACAUCAGGAUCAGCAACGGCAGUGACCUCAUUCCGUUUUUUGACCAUAAUAAUUUAUUGUAAGCACUAGCUAAACUCGGCCUAUAGACGAUUAAAACCAUGGGAACGGAUGAUAUCACCAAAAGUGAAAAGAUUCGCGAUGGGUUCCAGAUUAAUUGGCUGAUUCUUCGGGAUGCCGAUACCGGUAGGAUCAUAUGGCAAGAGAAUAAGGAUUUCUCCAGUUCGGAUGUCGAGCAUGAGGCCCGAGUACCGAUAAAAAUUCUCGAUCUAAGGGCAGUGUCGAGGGAAAUCAAUUUCAGCACGGUGGAAUCGAUGGAAAACUUUCGAUUGGAUCAGAAGGUUCUUUUCAAAGGGCGCAUCAUGGAGGAAUGGUUCUUUGAGAUGGGCUGGGUCAGUCCCAACACUACCAACACAUGGCAAUCAACGAUCGAAGCUGCUCCGGAGUCGCAAAUGAUGCCGGCCAAGGUCCUGAACGGUAAUGUUACCAUCGAAACGAGCUUCUUCGAUGGUGAAACACUGAUCAGCAAAUCGGUGGUGCGGUUGUAUUACGUCUAGGCAUGUAAUCGUGAUGUAAUGGUCAUCUAGUCGCAAGGUAUGUGCAUUUAAUCUGUAGACUUGGACAGAACAAUCCAACAAUGCGACAACAUUCUUACUAGGCGAGAAUAUUAUUAGGUUUUGCGCGCACUUUUGCUUUUAUCGGUAUCAUUUUCGACCACAACUAAGUGUUCUAAAAAUAAGUAAUUGUAAUUGUAAUUUAUUUGUCACACGGUAACCUGUUAGCUAAACCUAUGCUAUACAUUGGGUCAAGGAAUCUACUGUAGUGAUAUUAUUUAGUUACAUAAAAUUGAGAAACAACCAAUUUAGUUCAGAUUGUUUAAAUAAGUAAUCUUGAAAAAAUUUAACAAGCAUUUAAGAUCAAGGUAUUAAUCGCAACACCAUUUUAGAAAGUUACAGUAAACUGACUAGAAGCUGAACGCCCUCAUUGACUACCGAAUAAAUAAUUAGGUAACCCUAAGGAAUCAUGUUUUACGUAAGUUGUAUAUAGAAAUAAUG